CCCACUGCACUUUAGUCGCCAGACAUUUAUCGAAACGUGCACAUCACCAGCGGUCGCACACUCAAACAUAUAUACUGUAUAUAUAUAUAUUGUUAUCCCAACAAAAUAUCCUUCGAAUCGAAAAAACCCACGCGAGUGCAAAUCAAAAGUUUUUUAGCUUUCUUUAUUUUUCCAGUGCGAAAAGUAAAGCAAUUGCAUCCAUCCAACAGAGAGAUUAUCCUUUCGCCAAACAAACAAACAGAAAUGGCCGCCUACGCUGCUUUCAAACACGUUGAGCUUUACAAUGUUGGCAAAGCAAAGAAGAGGGUGCUGAGGCCCCCGGGCGGCGGAUCGAGCGACAUCUUUGGAUCGGAGAUGCCGCAGACCCCCAGGAACGUGAAGAAUCGCAUGGCAUCCAACAUAUUCGCUGCCGAGAAAGAUAAUGGAGUGAAAAACAACGUACGACAAGGAGCUCACAGAUUCUAUUUCAUUGGUGAUGCACCACGUCGCGGCCAGAAGACCGUCGACUCCCACUCUCGGCUGUUUGGGGAGCCCACCCGCCCGAUCACCCCUGGCAAGAACCACAUGAAGAGCAGCAUUCCCUUUGGUCAGAACACAGAGGCCGUUGCCGCCCAGAAGCUGCUGACCACCAAUGGCCACUACAACGGCAAGAGCGGAUCGGUGUCCUCGGCCUCGUCUUCGGUGUCGUCCUCCACCGAGAACCUCAAGAUGAACAGUGGCUCGAGAUCAGUCUUCCGCAAUAUGAGCACAGCAGGACCAGACACCAAAGAAGGAUCUCCACGCCAAUCCUUGUGUCCCCCAGAACCGGCACGAGCCGAAACGCCAAUCCCACCGGCUGACGACGCCCUGUCCAUUGAUAAUUCGUGCCGAGAUAGCGAAGUUGGAGACGUGCCGGCAGAUAACAGGACAGUCACAAAGUCCGAUCAGGUGAACGAGGGCUGUCAAACUCGGCGAGACUCUGGAAAUAAUCCCGAACAGCCAUACUCGCUGAACAAAAUGGCAGGCGUGAGCAAUGUAAAAGAGCCCCUUGGGCUCUGUCCAAACGAGAUUAAGGAGGAGCGGCAGGCGUGCGCCAAACUCGACUCACGCAAUCCCAUCACUGGCCUCGGCCUCAACGGAGAUGGUGUUGGCGGACUCAAGCCUAAGAAGCUCAGGAUCCGAGAGGGCAACCCCGUCACAGGCGAGGGCUACAAGGCCAACGACUUUACACAGCGCCAGGAGUCGUCCAAUGGCGGCACUCCGGUGAUCAACAAGAACCGCAUUCCCCCAGGCGGCUUCUCGUCGGGCCUGUGGUAAUGACAGCCAGAAUUGCUCAGAUCCCAGCACAAGCAAUUGAGGGGCUGAUGGCGGGACGAGACACCAUAAGAAAAAAAAAACCAACAAAACAAGCAAAAAAAUCAUACUACCCAUCUAAUAUACGCAUAAAUCCCUACACCUCCGUAUAAAGCUCAGAAAAUCGAAAGGCACGAACGUAGGACUUGAUGGCCAACGAAUAAUUAAGCGAGAGAAUAGCAAUUGCUCAACGAUCUGAAGAUGCAAUAAUGACAGUCGCUACCCAGAUGAGAAUUAAUCAACCACUUUUAGAAGGCGGCAUUGCACCCAAACCUAUCACUACCAACACCACCACCACCCCCCAUUGCAAAUCUGUAAUUUAAAUUCCUUAGUUGGUGUAAAUCCAUGGAACGCGUGUAGCCCCCACAAAACAACACCCACGUUGAAGCAUCCAAUCGCCUGUCCUCUGCAACUGCGUAUUAUAUAUAAAUGAUAUUCAUCAACCCGGUGUGUGCGUACGCAUGAAGCAAGCGGGAAGCAAGGAUACGAGCUGUGGCAUGGAUUUUAUUUUAGUUGCUACUACACGCCACAUAUAUUUAUAUUUAUACCAACUGCAUUCACACGAACACUCACGAAAACACAUACAUACAUUAUAAACAUUGUAUUACAUUACAUUAAAUAUGUAAUUUAAACGGUACGACAGCACUUUCUAAUGUGCACGUGCUAAUUAAGUGUAAAAAUACAAAAUUCAAGCGCGAAUAUUUGUUCAAUAAAAACCUUUCGUACAUAACUUA